CCCUCUAUAAAUACAGUUUCAUUUAAGAAUCAUUUUCGUUUCCUGCUUUGUUGAUGAUGAUGAUGAGACUUUCUGUAUGUCAUAUGGUUGGUUGCGGUCAUAUAAACCCAUCAUUGAGUCGGACACAUCGGCAGGUGCCUCUCCUUCAAGUGUUAGAAUCUGUAUGGACUAAUUUCAUUAAGAAUAUAACACAACAAUGAUUUCAUGGGGAGAGGAUAGUCGUAAUGGCUUUGGUUUAGUGAAGCCGAAUGGUUUAGAUACGACCAAAACGGAUAUUAGUUGCGUUAAUUUGAUACACCUUAAAUCUAAAAUUCAGGGUCUGUCCGCAGGUAACAGUGUGGUCGCGUUUAUCAGAAAUAAUGGGAGACUAGUGUCUGUCGCACGGAUUCAAGAGGACCAAGAUGGGAGAAGAAUCACAGGGAAACUGAAGAGUGUGACGUGUAAGGAGACGAUUCGGGCUCUGAGUUGUGGAGAUUCUCAUGCUGUUUUGCUGUCUGAAGAGGGCCGGGUUCUUUGCUUGGACAAGGCCAAUAUUCUCAGACCAUUGGAUAACCUAUGUAAGCGACAGGUAACUCAGGUUGCAUGUGGAGACCAGCAUUCAAUUUCACUAACACAGGAUGGUCAGGUGUUCACAUGGGGUCAGAACACCAGCGGUCAGCUGGGUUUGGGGUGGGGCGAGCCCAGCGCCAUGUCCCCCAAGCCCCUGAAGUCUCUAUCAGGGAUCCCCCUGGUUCAGAUCACUGCAGGGGGAGACCACAGCUUCGCUCUGUCCCUUUCUGGAGCUGUGUUCGGCUGGGGCAAGAACACCGCCGGGCAGCUGGGACUAGGGGACACAACAAACAGACAUGCCCCAGCUCCUGUUGAUUGCCUGAAUCUGAAGAAGACUGUUUUGAUUUCAUGUGGAGGAGAACAUACUGCCGUUCUGACAAAGGGAGGUGUGGUUUUCACAUUUGGCUCAGGCCGCUAUGGACAGCUUGGACACAAUUCUCUCCGAGAUGAACUACAACCUCGAGUGGUGGGGCAACUCUGGGGGUCAAAGGUGACCCAGAUAGCCUGUGGAAGACACCACACAUUAGCAUUUGUGGGGCCCUCAAAUAAGAUCUACUCAUUUGGGCACGGAGAGCAAGGGCAGCUGGGAAAUGGAGUAAAGAUUGAUGAGUCUGUGCCCCUUCCAGUACAACUGCCAGACCAGAUUGAUGAACAGAAAAUUGAACACAUUUUUGCUGGAGGAAACCAUUCCUUUGCAUUGUGCACUCAUGGUCAGGAGUCUGAAGAAAGGUCUAACAAUCUCAGGUCAAGUGUGGGCAAAGUGACACAACAAGCUAUAGAUGAAGAAAUCAUUGACAAAUGGAUCUCGGAAUGUGAUUCAAAGUCUUGGAAAAAAGGACAGAAGGAAAUCACAAAAAUGUUUUCUUCUGCAUCAUGUUUAAAUGGGAGCUUUCUUGAUAAAAGUUGUGACAAACAUUACCAAACCUCACCAAAACAGUCUGGCCUGGAUUUUUCACUCGUCCGAGGCGCAUUCCGGAAGCUCAUGGCGGCGCCUGCUCCGUUCUUUGAGCUGAGGCUGAAUAGAGCAUCACUCAUCAAAGACACUUUCCAUCAACUGAGUGUAGCAUGUCCCAGUACCUUCAAGAGGUUCCUUGUGGUGUAUUUCGACGAGGAUGCGAAGCUGACAAAUGUCUACAAAAGGGACUUCUUCCUCCAUUUGUUUAAAAAGCUGUUGGUCCCUGAGUUUGGGAUGUUCAUGUACAACGACACCGAGACGCUGGCCUGGUUCCCUGCAAUGCCUAGAGUGGAGGAGAAGCGUUAUUUCCUGUUUGGAGUUCUGUGUGGGAUGGCCCUGUACAACAACAACAUGGUGCACCUCCCCUUCCCCAUGGCCUUCUUCAAGAAGCUGGUGAACAUCAAGCCCUCUUUAGAGGACCUGAGAGAGUUUAGCCCCAUUGAAGCAGGGAGUUUGCAGUACAUCUUGGAUUACCCUGAUGAUGAUGUUGAAAACAUGGACAUGACUUUCUCAGUGAUGUGGGGUGAUGUAGCGGUGGAACUUGAUCCCAAAGAAACUGGAAAACUUGUCACAAGUGCUAAUAAGAAGGAGUUUGUUGACACCUAUGUGAACUACAUCUUCAACCAGUCAGUAGAGGUGGUGUUUGAAGAAUUCAGGAAAGGCUUCUUCAAGGUGUGUGACAUGGACGUGGUAGAGUUAUUCCAGCCAGAGGAACUGAGGGGAGUGAUGGUAGGGAAGGAGAUUUUCGACUGGGAGACGCUGAAACAGAACACUGUGUAUGAAGGAGAGUACCAUGCUGGGCAUCCCAACAUCGUCACAUUCUGGGAGGUGUUUGAGGAACUGACAGAGGAUCAAAAGAAAGCAUUCCUGUUGUUCCUGACUGGCUGUGAUCGUGUGCCCAUCCUGGGUAUGAACCAGAUCAGGAUGCGGGUCCAACCCCUUCUCAACUCCUCCCAACAGCAUUUCCCAGAGGCGCUGACCUGUCACUCUCUGUUGCAGCUGCCCAUCUACCCCUCCAAAGAGAUACUACAGAGCAGGCUUAUAGAGGCUGUUGGCCACAACAGAGGCUUCUGGAAUGAAUAAUGGGUGUAUAAUGUUGCUGCUGUAUAUACUCCUCUCCUGUGUUCAUCUUUUCAUUGUUCCAUAGUUGGGUUUAAGAUUUGGAUUGAUUUAAUGUAGGGUUGUAUUUCAAAUCCUAACUUGAGAUCUGUGCGGUACUAUGACAUUAUCAUAUUGCAUUCACCAAAUUUUAUUAAAACAUUUAUAAAU